CAUACAGACCACUUAAGAACACUUCUCCGCUUGAAGUAGUUUCAAUGGAAAGAAAUGGAUAGUCCAUCUUUAUAUCAAAUACACAUUUGAAUGGAUUAAAUCGUAAAAAUAUUUUAAAAGGGGCCACAACUAUAAUCAUACUUCGUGGAUUUUGACAAAGUCUGAUGAGAAACUGUUACGAAUGAAUACAAACAAUUCAACUAUUUAGUUCCAAUGCAGAAUGCAACAAUCAACUUCGUGCUGGGAUUGUCUGUUGGCCUCGUGUUUGCUUUCCUUGCCGUGUCCUAUAUGUCAGGACCUUCGGGCAUUUCCCUGCAAACUAUCCGGCGUGUUCCAGUUGAUGACAAAAGCAAACAUGACGCCUCCCACGGAUCUGCAUUGACACAUGAUGACCUAGAUAAAAUCCAACAAAUAGUAAGACCUGUACAAUUCCAAGACGCACAUGCUCACCAUGAUGACGACAAGGAAGCAGCGGAACUAAAGAAAAAUAUUCGUGUAUUGUGUUGGGUUAUGACCAGUCCACAAAACUUGCAGAAGAAAGCUGUCCAUGUCAGGAAUACCUGGGCUCACCGGUGCAAUAAAUUGAUUUUCAUCAGCUCCGAGACGAAUACAAGCUUUCCAACAGUCGGGAUCGAUGUUCCCGAAGGGAGGGAACACUUGACUGGUAAAACAAUGAAAGCGUUUAGAUACAUUUACGACAAUCAUUUAGAUGACGCAGACUGGUUUAUGAAAGCAGACGAUGAUACUUACGUCAUUUUAGAAAAUUUACGUUAUUUUCUUACUAGUCAAAAUAAAGAUGACCCUAUUUAUUUUGGGCAUCAUUUUAAAACUAUUGUAAAGCAAGGGUAUUUCAGUGGCGGUGCUGGGUAUGUUUUGAGCAAAGAGGCAAUGCGGCGAUUCGGAGUGCGUGGGAAUGACUCCAAAGUUUGCCGCCAAGAUGGCGGCGCAGAAGACGCAGAAUUUGGAAAAUGUAUGCAAAAUUUAGGAGUUAAAGUUGGAAAUUCUACGGAUAAAUUGGGAAGGAGUAGAUUCCAUUGUUUUGAUCCAGAAACGCAUUUAAGAGGAGGAUAUCCCGACUGGUAUUAUAAAUACGAUGCCCACGGUGCUAAAAAGGGAAAAGAAAGUAUUAGCGAUUAUGCAAUCUCAUUUCAUUAUGUACCACCAGCAAAAAUGUACGGCUUAGAAUUUUAUGUAUACCAUCUUCGACCGUACGGGAUCAAUUCCGGACACCAGGAUUUAAAUCAGGACAUAUCAUAGCGCAAUUAUUAUUUGUGAUAAAUUUUAAUAUCGUAAAUAAAUCCUGAAUAUCUGUUUCCAGAUGCUGCCAUUAUUGUAUUAUAUGUUACAUUAUUAUAUAUAUAUAAUUGUA